CAAUUAGAAACCUUCAACUUGACGCCCAAACCAACCUCAUACGCGUGCUCAUCACUUUCAAAGGGUCCUUGUGCAUCACAGGACUAAAGAACCAAUCAAUCGGCGCUCUUAAAUAUCAAAAGUCGCGUCUGCUGACCUGUGGUCUUGAUUCCUUUGAAUUUGACCUCGACAGACUUAUUGGGACAAUCUACUUGUGACUCCAUCACGAAGUCAUCAUGUCGACCAUCGACAAGAUCGCCAUUCGUGGCAUCCGUAGUUUUGAUCAUGAGCAAAUGGCAGUCAUGCAAUUCUACAGUCCGUUGACUGUCAUCGUUGGUCACAAUGGAAGUGGCAAGACAACUAUCAUCGAAUGCUUGAAAUACAUCACUACUGGCGAUCUACCGCCCAACGCCAAAGGAGGUGCCUUUGUGCAUGAUCCAUCUAUGGCUGGUGAAUCUACUGUGAUGGCAGAAGUCAUGCUACGUUUCCGAAAUGCAGCUGGUACAAAGUUAGUCGCCAGUCGACGUCUCCAAGUCAGCAAGAAAAAGACUGCUGGGAUCACCAUGAAAACUCUUGAAGGGACCCUAUCGUACAAUGAUGAUGGCCGUGAGGGAUCUAGUGCAAAGAGACGGACAAUAUCGACCAAAUGUGCCGAGAUGGAUAUAGAACUUCCUCGACAACUUGGAAUAUCAAAAGCCAUCCUGGAAAAUGUAAUCUUUUGUCAUCAAGAGGAGAGUAAUUGGCCAUUGUCUGAACCCGCCAGUCUAAAGAAAAAAUUUGAUGAGAUUUUCGAGGCAACCAAAUAUACCAAAGCGCUUGAUAACCUCAAGCUCAUCAAAAAGGAAGCAACGGCGGACCUGAAAGUCGACAAGGAGAGAUAUUCCGCCUUGGCAACUGAUAAGGCUCGUGCAGAAAAGCUGCAAGCAGGUAUAGAUAAGAUCAAGGCAAAUAUCGAGAAGAAAGAGGAACGUUAUGACGAUUUGGAUGCUCAAAUCGCUGGUCUUGCCGAGGAUAACAAGAAAUUUUACGAGCAAGCUGUACACUAUAAGGAAAUUUUGAAUGAGUACGAAACUUUGUCACGACAGAAAGAUAAUCGCGAAGAGAUGGUACAGGAUCUGUUGGAGGGCAUGGAAGAAAUUGCAGCCACGGAUGAAGACUUGAGGAAUUCUCGAGAAGAAUCUAGAGCUAAGUUGGAAAACCAUGCAGAGAGAUUGCAAGAUACCAAAGAUCAAUUAGCCAGUCUUGAAUUAGAAAUAGCCAAGCUGCGACGAAGACACCAAAAUAAGUUUACCGAGUUAGGUCAGUUGAAAGCUCAAACUCAGCGACACGUAUCUGCAUUAGAAGAAAGGCAGGACUUGGUAAGGCAUCUAAGUGAACAUCAUCAAAUUAAAGGCUUUGAAGGCCCGAUCGAUGAAAGGCAAGUCGAAGAGUUCUUAAACACACUCACCGAGUCUCAGAAGAGAUGUUCCUCUGAACUGGAGCAAGUGAAACCGAAGAAAAGAAGCAAAAAGAGAUCUUUGAACACAAGACGGAGGAAGGCUCGAAUCGACAAAAGAAACAAGCUUUGCAGGAACAAACUGUGCGACACCACCCGGAAGCGCGUCAGGAAAUUGACUGAGCAAAUUGAGAGGGUCAAGAUCUCUGAACAUGAUCUCAAAGAUCAAACCGAUAGUUUAAAGCAAAAACAGGAUCGUUUGACAGAAUUGACGAAAUGGAUGACUCAAUCCCAAGCUGACAACCGGAUCAAAACCAAAAAUGACGAAAUAAAAAAACUAGAGGAUGAGAAAGAUGAAUUACAUUCAGAAUUGAGUGGAUUACAUCGACAGUUUGAUACUCGAGCGAAAUUGGCUUUGAAACGUACUGAUGCUAAAAAGAAAAACGAUGGAAUUCAUACAAUAAUUGAAUCUCACGGUCCAAAAUUCAAAGAAUUGGUCAAAACUGAAAUGACACUCGAGAAUGCCGAAACGGAUAUUGGAAACGCCCUCCGAGAUAUAGAGCGUCAAUCAAGAGAUACUGAAAGUGUCAACGCCACUGCUGCUCGGAAUUUACAGACCGUGGAUACCAAGUUGCAGAUGAACAAGGCUAAAACGAAGUCUUUAGAACGCGAACUCUAUGGUCUCGAAAAGAAAAUCAAAGACGCAGCUGAUGGGGAGACUGUUUCACAGUCGAUCAGUAUCGCGGAAACGGAAAUUCUUUCUUUGAAUAGUGAGCUCGAUAUCAUCAAAUAUUCCGUUCGGUUUCAUCAGAAUUUGCUCGCGAAAGCCAAAAAGGGAAACAAUUGCGGAGCUUGUCAAAGAGAAUUCGGAGACGCACAGGAGAUGCAGCGGUUUGAGCGUUUUGUCAGUUCUAUUCUAGAAAACGAAUCUUUCAAAAAACUCACAUCAAUAUAUCAAAGUGAACUCAAAGAAUGGCAGGAACAAUUAGAACGGAUGAAGAAUUUAUUGCCUGAUGAGCUAGCAGUGAACAAGUUACGGGAAACAGAAUUACCAAGCUUGGAAGAGGAGUUGAAAGAGCUCGAGUCCAAGUGGGCUGCUUCCAGUCAUACAUCCGAAGAUGCUCGAAGAGACGUUGAGCGGCUCAAAGAUCAGAUGAGCGAACUGAUGUUAUGCAAGCGUUCAGUGAUCGACAUGACUCGAAUGCGCCUCGAAGCUGACGACCUAGAGCGCGAGAUACAGCGAUUGGAAUUUGAACUAGAAAACUCGGGCUCCACCAAGACGAGUGAAGUUGUGGAAGCUCAACUUGAAGCUUUAACUACAAAACUUGCGGAAGUGCGGAAAGAAGUGAAUAGCUUGGUCACUGAAAGAGACAACAAAAGAGCAUCUAUUCAGGUGCUCGAGAACCAGAUACAUCAAAUCGAGCUUGACCUGAAUAAUAAGAGACAACAGAUCAAAGAACGAGAAGGAUUUGAAAAGCAAAAGGAAGAAUCGAGGACCGAAAUUGCGCAAUUGGACGAGAUGAUCAAGAAAAUCGAUGAGCACAUCAGAACGUUUGCUGAGCCCAUUAGCCGACUGGAAAAUGAGCUUAAAGAGCUCAGUGCUAGGAAUUCGGGAGCUGAACUAGAAGUUGUCAAGAAAGUACAGAUGUAUAAUAAAAGUCUUAACCAGAUUGAAACGAUUAAUCGAGAAAUUGCCAAAUUUGUUGAAUCGGGUAUUGAGACGAGUAUGCAACGCUGUCAGGGAGAGAUUGACCGACUGGAACAGUUGAUCAAACAGGCUACUCAAAUGCUAGCAGAGUCGCAACAGACGUUGAUCGAUUUGGAUCAAGAGUCGACGAAAGCAAAGGAAUUUGAACGGAAUAUCAGUGAUAAUAUCAGAUUACGAGCUCAUCGGGACGAGAUAGCUGGGUUGGAAAGCGCUUUGCAAGAAUUGGACGUCGAAGGAGCUCGUGAGGCAAACAGGAAAUAUGAUGAAGAGUAUCAUAAAGCUCGAAAGUUACAAGCGGAUUUCCAGGCAGAUCAUGCGAGGUUGGGCGGUGAGAUUGGAAUGGAUAGAAAAAAUCUAAAAGACAAGAAAAGUGAAAUGGACGUCGAGUUUAAGGAUAUCUUCAACCGACAUCGUAAUCAAUUGAUCAAAGUCAAGACUGUUGAGAUCGCGAAUCAAGACUUGGAUAAGUAUGCAAAAGCGCUAGAUCAGGCGAUCAUGAAGUACCAUUCGCACAAGAUGGCCGAGAUAAACGAUACUAUUCAGACCUUAUGGCAAAAGACUUAUCAAGGGACAGACAUCGAUAAGAUUUUGAUCAAAUCUGAAAACGAGAAUGCAAAAAGCAAUAGAUCUUAUAACUAUAGGGUGGUGAUGUUGAAGGAUCAAGUUGAGAUGGAUAUGAGAGGUCGAUGUUCUGCUGGACAAAAAGUUUUAGCUUCGAUCAUCAUUCGAUUGGCUUUGGCUGAAUCUUUUGGGACUAAUUGUGGUAUUCUUGCCUUGGAUGAACCUACGACGAAUCUUGAUAAAGAUAAUAUUAAUGCUUUGGCUAAUGCUCUUUCUGAGAUCAUCAAAGAGAGAAGAGAUCAAGCUAACUUUCAACUAGUCGUCAUCACGCACGACGAAGACUUUCUCAAUCAAUUAGGUCAAUCUGACGUACUUGAUAAAUAUUGGCGUGUCAGUCGAAACACUCAACAAAAGUCAAUCAUUGAACGUCAACGGUUGAUGUGAACCAAAAGGAAUGAUUUACUGAUUUACCAAGGAAAUCAAAAACCUUGAUCAUCGUAGACUUGUCCCUUUAAACCUGGCGUCUUUUUGAAACUGGUUAUGUAUCAAGGAGUUUAGAAAAAAGUUUGGUCCGAAAAUCUCUUUUUCAAUGUUUCAUAACAUUUUUGUACCUUUAUGAUGAGUAAAUUGAUAUGCAGUUAAUAAAAUAAACCUUAAUUGGAGGAAUUUGAUGAG